AUGCACAAUAAUGGGCAUAUCGUACAUCAAGAGGGAGAAACGCUAUAUUAUGUGACUCUAUUAUUCAAGUAUUCUCAAACCGCUACUAUCACUGUUCCUUGCUUCAUAAGAGAUGUGUUAAUGCACUAUAGUCGAUCAGUUACCGCCAUUAAAAGGUAUUAUCCUCGAGAUACAGCUUUUUGGUUCUUCAAUAACCACCCCAUUGACUCUGUUAUGGUCCUUGGUUGUGUCGCUGGUUGGAAAUGGAAAUUCAUUGGGGAUAGUGACUAUGCAAUCUUCCAUCUUGACGAUUGCACAGUCUUACCUGAUCAAGUAACACUCUUGAAAUGUAAAUGCUCCAAAAGCUUGCUUAUGAGAAGUGGACUGCCCUUAGGAGAUUUGAGCGGAUGGACGCUUCGUGUACGUGGAAGAAUGAAUGAUUACGAAGAGCUUGAAGUCGAUUUGUUGGAAAUAUGCGGUGAUCUUUUGGCCGAGAUAGAAUUCUGGAAAGAGUGUUUUAAAGUCAAAAGGUUGCUAGACAAGCCAUGGAUCUUAGAUGACUCAGUUUCAAGUCUGCUAUCAACCCAGGAUGAUGGACGGCCUCUGCAAUACGGCACAUUUGUCGAAUGCUUGGAGCGCAAGCAGUUCAAGAACGAUUUAGAGCUUGCAAGUCCAUAUUGCUCAGAAGAUGACACCUCAUACUCCAAUGAGAUAAUAUUUCCUAUUGACGAAGAGGUUGGCUGUUUGGAAUCCGAUUUGGAUCAGAGUCAUUUGAUGGAGUUUGGCGUUUCCGAAUCACCCAAGACGCUGAUAGUGGCUAAUGAGGAUUCAGUUGUAAACCAGAGGCAAAGAAUUUCCGAGUUAACUCUAGCCGAUAAUAGCAUGUCAGGAAGAUCGCAAUUGGCGAAACGAGAAAUCUCAAAAGGUCACAAUUCGAAGUAUUACGGCCAGCAAUUUCUGAAAUAUCUACUGCAUCAAAAAUUCACCGAAAUUUCUACAAUGAAUACUUAUCGUAAUGCUACGCUCAAUGGUAUACUAACAUCUGCUGCUACCAAUAAAUCAGAGUCUCGGUUACACCAAGGUUCAGAAGCUCUCGAAGACGUCAAAAUGAUGUUAUUCAACGAAGUUCUACAAAGGUUAGCAAGUAUGGAGUUAAUCUCGUUAUUUGAACGGCAGAAGUUGAUAAAUAUCAAGAACUUGAAAAGUUGCUUCAAUUACAUUAGCGAAAGGAUCUCAACCGUGGUGAAACUGGGCUGUUAUACGGGGAAGAUUGACUACCGACACAUUCGAGAUGCCCUUGGCUAUCGAAAUCUCACCAAUUACGUGAUCCUCGAGCUUUAUAAAGAAGCUCUGAGACAUUUUUUCGCAAGCACUCAUCAAUCGAAUGUACGAUGGUGGAUUGACCUGAAUAAUGAAGAAGUCUCAUUUAUUCAUUUCGAGUAUGGAUAA